AUGUUGGCCUGGGCGCUGAGUUACAUAAGGGUUAAAAAUAUUGGCUGUGGAGCUAUUGUCCAUGACCAUGCAUCAUUAGACGCAAGUCGCAUAGCUCAUGCGGCGGUGAAAGUUUGGGAGGCGCUGGGCGCGCGCUGGCACGCAGCGGAGUCGCACGCGGGCGCUCGUUACAGCCGCAGCGCGCGCCAUUGUUGUCUGCCCCCGACAUUGGCCCCCGACGGCCACUCGAGCACCGCACGUCCCGGCCUGUCACUUGUCGCCGGGCCGACUGUGUCCUAUGUCCAGAACCCUACUUAUCUGCCAAAGCGUUUACGGCGGCGCUCAGGAGCUAGCCUGCGGCGUUUGAGCCACCUGUGUGGUCCCCAAUUUGGCUGGCUGGAUCGCUGGCUGGCUGCGAGGCGUUCAAAAUGGCUUCCC